AUGUGCGCAGCCAUUUAUGUGGAGGUGAUCCUGGUUUCGCUAGAGCUCCAUCCUUCACAACUGCAAGUGGUUUGGUCAGAGGAAGGACCUCUGGUCACGAACAAGACGGGCAUAGACCCGGGCUUGAAGAAGGUUUUCGAGGACUUCGCCAAAGAAACAGAACAUCUGUUUGCAGCAUGGGCCACGCAGAGGACUUUGACGGAGAAGUAUUCGGCUUUACAAUCAGACAACAAGUUGCACCUGCAUUUCCAAGCGGAAGCUAGCUUCAAGUGGCAGUUUACCAAGUUGUAUGCUUCACAUGCCAAGCCGGUGGAUUGUGAGGAGCAAAUGGCGGAUGAUGAUUACGAGCUUUCAGUUGCUUGGGCGGAGCUCAGGAAGAAGCAUGCCAACGAGUGCUUCCAGUUCGUAUGUCAACAUCAAGAGCGCUGUCUGCAAGUAUACGACAAUGCAGUGUCACAGACAAGCUUGCAGUUGCAGUUGAGUGAUAAAGUUGAAGCAUGGUUUGCGGAGCAUGAGUUUAGCGAUGCAAACAUCAAGCGCGUCAUGUUGCAGAAGGCUGUAUCUUAUGUGGAAAGUCUGAUCAGGUUGAAAAGGCCUUCUAUUCAAGCCAGGAUGAACAAAGACAAGCAAAUAAAGCAGAAACGGGAGCAAGCUUUGACAGAUGCUAUGACAAAGUUUGAAAGCAUGGACGUUAAGGAUGUUUUAUCACCGGCUUUGUUUGAACUUGCAAAGCUUGGAGGAUCAAGGAAAAAGCCUGUCACUUUGAAGGAUGAUAGUGCCCUCGCGUUCUUGGUGAAAGACAAUCCGGAGUUGCGGGAAAAGCAUGGAAAGCGUCAAUCUAUUCUCAAAGAUCCGCACAAGCAAGUGAGAUUCACCGAGAAUGACAAGGGUUCCACAUUAUUUUUUGCUACACUUGGCGAAGGGUGUCGUUUGAGGAGCUCCUGGCAGCCACCUUCUGACAGUACUGUUGACAUUUUCAUGAGGAAAGCUUUGGCAUGGCUUGCGCAACACCGUGAUAGCAUUGCAGUCGUGGACUGCGACAAGGGUGUUUGGAUGGCUCCGUUUGCAACUUUUUUGGUGGAACAACUAAACCCGCUGCUGAGUAAGCUGCAAUCUGUUGUGGUUUCCACCGACCAGUUGCUUGAAGAGUUGAGCACCGUGCAGUGUAGGCCUGGAAUGAAGUUUCUCACAUUCGACGUUGUGAACUUGUAUCCGUCAGUGGAUCGAUGCCAUUUCCUGUCGGUCAUCAGCGGUUUUCUGCGGACGAGGAUGCCAAGUCAUUCUUUGUGCACUUUCGUGAUUCGUGCCCUGGAGUUGAUAUUGAGCGCAUGCUUCGUUACGUUCGAAGGCUGUAAAUAUGAAAGUACAGACGGCAUUCCGACUGGGCUAGCGGUUGCUAGCAUCGUUGCAAACAUUUAUCUCUGGCAUUUGGAUUGCUUCAUUGCUGAGCAAGCGGGUGAGCUCUUGCAGUUCAUUCGCAGAUAUGUUGACGAUUUGCUUCUGUUAUGUCGCGGUUCUCAUCAGUGGCUUGGUGAGAUUUUGCAUCGAUGGCACCCUUCCCUGAAGUUUGAGCUGUCAGGAAGUAUGGAGGCUAGUCGGCAAGUUCAAUAUUUGGAUGUGAAUCUGGGCAUACAGGUGGAGGUGAUCCCGGUUUCGCUAGAGCUCCAUCCUUCACAACUGCAAGUGGUUUGGUCAGAGGAAGGACCUCUGGUCACGAACAAGACGGCCUUACAGACUCAGGUCAGUGGACAACAAGUGGCGAAAGAGGAUCAUACACACUCGUCACAUGAAUUCCAUGAGCCGAAGCAGCUCCUGGAGGGCAUAGACCCGGGCUUGAAGAAGGUUUUCGAGGACUUCGCCAAAGAAACAGAACAUCUGUUUGCAGGAGCCGCGGCAGUGGUCCCUUUGGUGAGCGCCAGCCGGAGCUCUGCUGGGGCCGAUGAGGACGUAGCGUCCGGACCCCGUCCCCGCGACAAAUCUUUGCUUCAGGCACACCUCAUGGGCCUUGACACGGGCACCGCUUCUCGCACCAUUGAAACAAGGAGCGAGGCGGAGGAGCUGCGACAGGCGACUGCAAAGCUGGGCACAGGAGCGGGGAGUUUGAAUUGCGGGGAAGGGACGAACAAAACCUUUCGACUCGGGCUCGGGCGAGCCUCACUUCAAGCCCGCAUCGGGUGGUGGGGUGCCAGCGCCAGCGUGAGGGCUGCGAGAUGGGAGGGCGGUGCCGUGCAGCACGGGCAGACCUCUUCUUACAAUCGAGCCGCUUCAGAUGCCUAUCUCAACCGUUCUCUCGUGCAACGAAAGCACGUCUUGUUGCAGGUCCACAGACUGUUGGAAACCUCUGCCGGCAUCUGCCAGCAAGGCAAGGGGCACGUGCCACGCAAUUUUCGAGAAGAGCGGAACUGCGGAAUUCUGGUCGCUCUAGACCUGUCGAUGCUGCACUGGUCGGCGGCUCGACAUGCAAGCUGUGGCCGUGCAGUCUUGGACACAACCUCAGCAGCGGCAUGCAUCAGGACCACGUGCAUCGACAAGCCCUUGCUUCAGGCACAGGUCAUGGCAUGGGAUGCCUCCACGUCGACCUGCUCGGCGAGCGUCAUCGGAACGAAAAGAACUGCGAAACUCUGGUCGCUCUUGUGCAACAGCUGCACUGGUCGGCGGCUCGGUCUGCAAACUGUGGCUGUGAUGUUCUGGAGGCGUGUCGUCAACACCGCUGGGCCAACUCCCAACCUCAGUUCUACUCGGCCGGAAGGAACUUUUAACUCGGGAGAAAGCAAAGCAAUCGUUUUGCAGGCUUCCCUUCAUCCUACUUCGAGGCGACUCAACAGAUGA